AUGAAUAGGAACGAAGAAAUUCUGUCCAAGGCGACGCCGGACUUUAUCUACAAAUUUUUUACAGAAACCAAAUCAGAGGAAAUGUUAGCCUUGUUGAACAAACAGGUGACGUUAUUAUGUUUCAGUCAAAUGAAUGCAGGGGCCAAUCAGAUUUUCUUAAAAGUAAUAGAUGGAACCAUCCCACCGCAGUACUAUGCCAUUGUACACGUGGGGGUGGAUGAAGCAACCAUGCCCACUACACCCAUCUCCUAUGUAAAAAAAUUAAUACUUAUAGAAAAUUUUUCCAUCACAAAUUACUAUGGGAAACUUUUCAUAUUAACAAAAAAAAUUAGAGUGCUUAUGAGUGUAGACUAUUUUGACAUUGAGGACCUGUUUAGGAGGUACCAACUGCAGAGUAUCUCCUACCUCCUAAUGAAUACAAAAGGUGAGAACCCCUCUAAGGAUGGGGGAUCUAGACCUGCCAGCGAAUACAAUGGAGAAGGGCAAGCCAGAACGAGCAGCAUGAUUUCCCGCUAUUCAAGUGAAUACGGAAAUGAGGGCAAAACGAGGGAGUGUAAUUACUACCCCCGUGGAGGGAGUGCAGCAGCAACAACAACAACAGCUGCAGCAGCAGAAUACAGUAGUAAUGUCAUUCCGGGAGACAGCUAUUCCAAAUUGAGGGAUCGCCAGGAAGGGGACACCCGACCUGACUAUGACAGGUGUCAAAGAGUGUCGGGGGAAAGUUUGAUCAGGGAACCGAUGGCCAAGAAUGGCAGUGCUGCAUAUGGGGAGAGACAGCCCUACGGGGAUAAACCCCCUUACGUGGAGAGGUCACCCUAUAGGGAACCGCCCGUUGGAAGGGACACCCCGCAGAUUUACCACCACGGUAGAAUGGCAGAAGAUAAUGGAAGGGGGAAGCAAUUCCCCGAAAGGUUGAGUGAUCCCCCCAGCACAGACAAGUUUUCGCAGGGGGAGAUUUCCACCAGUCGGGACUAUCUCCCUUACGGUGCAAACGAAUUGGAAAGGAACCCUCACGAGGUGACAUCUACCUCUCACCAAAUGUACCCCACUCCGCAGGGGGCGACCCAGCCCUACAACAAGCGAAACAACACCACUGUGUAUGAUCCAAGCAGUGCAAACAGUGCAAACAGUGCAAAUGGUCCAAAUGGUGCAUAUGCAAACAAUCACUACAGUAACGGUAAGAGCAUGACGCAUAACAUUGCAGGAGAGCUGAACCAUGCCCGAAGCGGCAGCAGCUACGACCUCGGAGUCGGCACUCCCAUGGGCUCCAGCGUGUACAGAGAAGAACCCCCUUUGGGGGAAAGCAUUAGUAGAAGUGAACCCAAGGCGCGCACGAGCAAUCCGAACGGGUAUAUGUACGAGGGGGAAAUGGGGGAGGGAUCAAUUGGGUCAAGACCAAUUGGAUCGGGAGGAGCCACCCCCGGGGAGUAUAAGGGCCGGUAUGCCCACACAGGGAAUAACCCAGAGAGAGGCCCCCCCGAAGAGAGGAGCUAUUACCAAAAUGGCAGGGGAGGCAGCAACAUGAGCAAGAACUCAAGCGGGGCGCGUCACUACUACUACCCCCCAAGGGAUGCAGAAGAAGGUAAUAAUUCAAGAAGUGUGGAGGAUGAAGCCUAUUACGGAAGAGGGGGAAAGCCAAAUGAAGUGGGCACGAAAAUGACCGAUGGGGGGAGAAAUGGCCCGCAUUACAAUGGAGAGGUGGCGAAAAUUAAUAGGAGCGAUGAUGCGAUACAGGGUAGGUAUGUUCCUCCUGAGGGGGCAAUCAGUGGAGGAGGUUACAAUCACAAGGGGGUGAGCAAUUACGGCCCACCCGGCAUAGGAACAGGAAGCAGUGAUUAUAGCGGGAGUGCAAACCGUGUAGCAUCAGAACCAAAUAAAAAGGCGAGGAACGAAAGUAUGGGGAGUCUGCAGGAGACGAAGGAAACACUAAACGAUAUGGAGGAAUACCCGUUGGACAGGAAAAGUGACAACAAAAGCAUGCUGAAGGAAAAUAGCUCCAGUAGGAAUAACAGGAAGGGUGGCCCCUACCAGCAAGGCAACAAUCCAGUAAUAAAAAUUAAUGACGGCAUUUUAAUGCAUAUAAAUAAGCUGUCCCAGUAUUCAUCCAAGUGGAUAAUAAAGGCAAGAGUUCAGUUCAAGGACGUGGUGAGAAAAUACUACUCAGGCAACAAAGAGGGGAAGGUAUUUAGCAUCGAGUUGUGUGAUGAAGAUGGAGAGAUAAAAGUAAACUUCUUCGGAAAGGCAGUAGACAAAUGGUAUGACUACCUCCAAUUGGGGAAAAUCUACAAAAUAAGUAAAGGCUAUAUCAAAGCAGCGAACAAAAAAUUCACCACAGUAAAACAUGACUAUGAAAUUACGCUGGACGAAAAUUCCAUUAUAGAAGUGUUGGAAGAAAAUGACAACAUCCCUAAAUUUAUUUAUAAAUUUACAACUAUAGACGCGGUAAAAAAUAUGAAAAUAGGUUCGCUAGUAGAUGUAAUAGGAGUGGUUUUCAGCUACCAAGAAAGUACGCAAAUAUUAAUUAAGAAAACAGGGCAAUAUAAAGAAAAGAGGGACAUUGUUCUGAUAGACGAUAGCAAGGAAACUAUUAAUGUAACUCUGUGGGGAGAUCACGCCCUAAACACGGAAGAAGUGUACCUAAGGGAUAAUAGCAUAAUAUGCUUUAAGAAUUUAAAAGUUGGAGAAUGGCAAGGAAUAAAAUUGGAGUCACACCCCAAAACGAAGAUUGAUGUAAAACCAGACAUUGAAAGAGCCCACAUGCUAAACACAUGGUGGAUAAAUAACAAACAGAACCUUUACAGCACCGUUAAUGUAGGCGCAGGGAUAUUCCACAUGGAGUUACAGAAAACCAUUGAAGAAAUUAAAAAGGACGUCAAUUUAGCUAAUGAAGAUGCUUUAUCAGGGAAAGGAAUUAUUUUCACAACCUUCGGUUUUAUCGACCAUAUUUAUAACUCCAUCCCUGUGUAUUCGGCUUGUCCAGAUUGCAAUAAAAAAAUGGUUUCAAAUGUCGUGGAGGAAGAAGAGGAAGACGUUAAUUCGUCUCAAAUGAUGGAGCAGUCUAUGUACUGUUCCAAGUGCAACAAAAAUAACACCCCCAUAUAUAGCUACUUCAUAAACCUUAAAAUUACAGAUAAUACGGAUUCCUUGAGGGCUACUGCAUUUGCUGGGUGUGCGCGUACUAUCAUGAAUGGUCUGUCCGCCAACGAAUUUAUGGCCCUCAGGCAGGAGUACGUGACGCAGGAAAAUAUCGAAAACUUCGACUUGAUUGAAAAGGCCAAACUGAAUGAGUUUUUUUUCCGCAUCAAGGCCUACAUGACGUCCCACAUGGACGAGCUGAAAAAGAAGUACACCAUCGUCGAUAUCGUCCCGAUGAAUAAGCUGCUCGUCGACAACUGCAAGUAUCUGAUCCGGUCCAUCCGCAGUUUGACGGAGAAGCAGUGA